UAUAUACCUCUUAACCCUCAUUCUGAACUCUAUAAAGACCCACAUAAAAGCAAGAAGUGAGGGGAAAAAAAUCUUCAUCUUCUUGCCUUCUUGAUUUUCUCUUUCGUUACACACACGCUAGCGUGCUAGGAUGGAAUAUACAAUGGGGAAACUGUGUGUUAUAGUUGAGGGACUGAAGCCAACGAUAAUGAUGGUGGGUGUACAGAUAGCAUUAGCCGGAGUUAAUGUUUUUUACAAACUAGCCGCAAACCAUGGCAUCAGCUUGAAGGUUUUGGUGGCUUACCGCUUCAUGUUUGCUGCACUCACUGUUCUUCCUCUCGCCCUGAUCCUCGAAAGGCAAAAAAGGCCAAAAUUGACAUGGACGAUUGUCUUCCAAGCAUUUCUUAUUGCUUUGUUUGGGGGAUCAAUGGCACAAAAUCUAUAUGCAGAGAGCUUAGCGUUAACCUCAGCCACGUUCGCUGCAGCUAUGGCCAAUCUCAUUCCUGCCAUAACAUUCAUUCUCGCGAUACUCUUCAAGCUGGAGAAGUUGGAGUUAAGUACAAAGGCAGGGAAAGCAAAAGUAGUUGGAACAUUCAUGGGCAUAGGAGGUGCAAUGAUUCUGACUUUUUACAAGGGGUACGAAAUUAAUAUAUGGUCAACCCAUUUAGACCUUUUGAAAAAUAACAAAAAUCAGGUUGGACACGUAACAGCAUCCCACAAAACGCCCAUAAAUCAAGUAUUGGGUCCUUUGUUCGCACUUGCUAGUUGUGUCUCUGUUGCAUUUUCUUUGAUUGUUCAGGCCAAAAUGAGUAAGGUAUAUCCUUGUCAUUAUUCUAGUACUGCUCUUGUAUCAGUAAUGGGGACUAUUCAAGCAUUUAUAUAUGCACUUUCAAUGGAAAGAGACUGGAACCAAUGGAAGCUCGGCUGGAACCUCAGACUUCUCAGUGCAGCUUAUAUGGGAAUUGUGGCUUCAGGAUUAAUGUGGGUAUGCCUCAUGUACUGCAUUCAAAUGAGAGGACCACUUUUUGUAUCUAUUUUUAAUCCUCUAUUGCUUGUCCUCGUUGCGCUUGCUGGGUCUUUACUCCUCGACGAGAAAUUACACUUGGGAAGUGUGAUAGGAGCUACAAUAAUAGUGUUAGGGUUAUAUAUAGUGCUAUGGGGAAAAAGCAAAGAAAUGAGGAAUAAUCAACUUAUGCCAAAAAAGAGCUUUAAAGAGGCAGAUCGAACGGACAAUAUUGCAUCAGAAAGCAUCAAGAGUAUAAACACUGAUCAUGGUAGCAACAUAAUGGCUAUUGCUCCUAAUUUUCUUCCAGAAACAGAAAUAAAAACAUUUGAUGACGAAGAAGUGGAUCUAGAGUCUAGUGUUCCCAAUCAAAAAAUAUGAAACAUAAAUGUUUUAAUUUAACUGAGCUAGCUACCUUAAAUAGUCAGUGUUCAUUAAAUAAUCAAACACUACUGCAAGUUCUUUUAUUGUUGUAACAAUAUAUUUUGGUGUUCUUUUAGUAAAUCUAAUUAUACUGAGGUAUUUCACUGA